GCCGCGCGGAGAUACUUUCCACAGGGAUCCCCAGUCGCCAAACGAUUCGUGUUCAAUAAAAAAAAAACCAUAAAACAGACAAAAAGAUUAUUAACUUAGAUAAGAUAAAGUACAUACUAAGUAUCAGUUACUGUGCCAAGCCAACAUAUAAACUUCAAAAACUCAAUAAAGCCAAACAUCAACAUCCCUGACAAAAGGUCAAUUAACCAAAGCGUGCAGUCAAUAAAAAUCCAGUUAACCAAACGAAUAAAAACGGCAAAAGUGAAAAGAAUGAGGAAAAAGUUCUGAAAGUACAUUGGAACCUAUGCAAAAAAAUAAACCAAAAACAAAAAAGAAACAAGUUUAAAUUGCAUUGGACUGGCAACUUCCGCUUCCGUUGAGUGCUUCAAUUUCAGUUUAAUGUUAACUCCGACACAACCCAAAUUGACAAGACAACCGAGCCAAAAAUAAAGUGAACGUAAACCAAGAAACAACAAAAAAAAGUUUUUGUAGCAUCCUCUUGACUGCACUCGAAACAAAGGGAUUCCCGGAGAUGCGGAGGGGAUAAACUGCAUAAAUCAACGCCACUGCCAAACCCAAGAGCAACAAUAACUGGAAGCAAUUAAUUUUAUUCAAACAAGAGCAACAAUAAGGACGACGACAAAAAAUGGAUUACGGCUGGCUGAUGUUUCUGUUCAUCGCACUUUUAAUUGACUACCCAAUAGCUUUCGCCUUGUUCGUGACCAAUAUCAGUGUGCCCGAGAUUGUGGACUUCCGGAACAAUGUGACCUUAUCUUGCAGCUACGAUAUGCGAGGUCACACGCUUAACUCGGUCAAGUGGUACAAGGAUCACGAGGAGUUCUUCAGAUAUUCUCCCCUGUCGAGUCCAAUUUACAUGACAUUCGGGGUUCCCGGACUGCAAGUGAUCGACGGACAAUACGUGUGCAACGAAUCAAGCUGCAGGGUGGACUUGAGUUUACAAGGAGCCAAAUCGACGGGACUUUACAAGUGCGAAGUUAGCGGAGAUGCGCCUCAUUUUAAACUGGCGGACAAAGCGGACAAUAUGACGGUGGCAGCUUUGCCCCAGAUCGACCCUCUAAUCGAGAGCUUCAAUUCGAUGUACCGCAUGGAGGAGUUCCUCAGCGCCACCUGCUCCUCGGAUUACUCCAGUCUUCCCACACGGCUCACCUGGUACAUAAAUGGCGAACAGCCCCUUCUGGGUGAACUGCAUCCCACCACCGACACGAGCAUUGCGGCCCACGAUUAUGUUCUGCGCCGCCAAAGGCUUCAGGUGCACUUCUAUUUGCAAGGACAACGCUUUUUCCAGGCCGGGAAAAUCCUGGAGCUCAAGUGCGUAGCGGAAAUUGAGAAUUAUCCGGAGCUGAGGCGCGAAAAGACGCUCAGUGCGUCGCUGUCGCAGUUCGACAAUUUCAACAAUCAGAUGCCACUGAGACAUGCGAAUGCAAACUCUGGGGCGACACAAAGGAGCAGCCUUAGUGGCAGGACAUCGCUAAUUUCCGCAAUCCUGGCAGCAGUUCUACUAAUUCACUGUUUGCGGCGCCCUUCAUGAACACUGACAUCUUUCGGGGAAUCGGAAUCGCAGGAACAAUUUAAGUCCUUGCGUUCGGAAUGGAAAACGCCACGUAUGGCUACUUUGUCAACUAUAUCAUCACGUUAGUUAGUCAGUCAGUUAGUCACCUAGUUAGUUAGUUAGGAUAACAGACAAAGGUAAGACCGCGAACUAGUGAAUAGGGAAAGCUUUUUGGGUUGAUAUAUGUAAAUACAAAUUAAGGAGUAAGGACAAAAGUGUUGAAGGUUAUAAAUGCUCAAGGAACAAGAAAAAAACAUGCUGUUAUUUUAAAUAUAUUAAGUAUGUUUUUCUACUUUAUUUCUGAUAAAUAAAGUUGAAAUGAACAAAGUUCAAAAGUAAAUAUUAAAAAUGAAGUUGUUUUAUAAAAUGGUUUUGAGAAUAAUAUUUGUAACUCUGCGUUUUAAAUAAUUUUAUUGUGGGAUUACAUAAAUUAAAUCAGAUAUUAAUUCUUAAAAACAAAAAUUCAAAAAACGUUUGUAUAUUUUCUUAGAGACAUAAUCAUUUCUGCUUGGCAAAAUUCAAUAUGUUAACACAAUGAUUGGUGUGAAAAACACGUAUUUCUUUUCAGUAAAAGCCAUGUUAUCCUUGUAAAUGAAUAUUUUCAUGUCGGUUAGUUUGACAAGCAUAACGAAUGAAAUAAAACUGAAAAUUAAAACGAUGAAAAACUGCCAGAAAAAAAUUAAUUUACCUGCCUGACACUGAUACUAGCCAAAAUAAGUCACUCUCCAGCAAACCAAACGAAUUUCCAAUAUAUGUAUAUAAGCGUAAUUUUUUCGAUUGUUGUUCGGCAAUUGAUUUUCAUUCGAAGUGCACAUGAAACCUUUUUCGAGCAAAUAUAUCCACGCACUCCCCACGCCAAGGGUAUUGGGUAAAAUACAAAAAAUAAAACACAUAUGAAACACCAUAAAAAAUAAGUGAACACAUCAAAAGUGAAAAAAUAAAAUGAAAUGCGAUUUUAUCAGUGGAAAAGCAGAAUGCAGAUGCUGUAAAAAUCAUUAUAAUUAAGUCUAGCAUAAAUAUGUUGUAAAUACAAUUUUAAACAUCCAAAACAGAGAACAAACAACUAUAAAUCAUGUCACUAAGCCAGACCCAAAUACGUAUGUAUAUAAAGCUAUUCGCAAUAUAUCGCAGCAUGUAUUUACUAAGGCCGAGAUAAAAACGAACAGCAAAAUUACAUAGCUAGUGAAACUAAACAAAAACGCAAUAAACAUUUCAUUUAGCUGAGCAACUACAAAUAGACAGUAAUCAUAAUACACUUGGUCAAAGCCCCCUUAAAAAGAUCUGGCGACAGAAGGGCAACUAAAAAAUACAUAAAACAUAUUUACCACGGUGUAAUAAUGAAAAAAGGCCUGGACGUUUCUGAAAUCACAUUUUGUUAUUCAGUAUAUCCAAUUAAAAUAAAACUCAGAGUGUAUGAUGGAAAAACAUACAAAAUAUAUAGUAUAAAUGUAUAAAUUAAUUUACCUACUCAUUCGCACUUCUUUCGGUUGUAAAGAAUAAAAAAACACACACGAUAAAAUAAAAAUAAACGAGAGCAAAUAACGAUAAUGUACAUAAAUGCAUUUACUUUAGUUUUUUUAUUUUGGCGAAUGGCCAUUAAAUUGUGUAAA